AUGAAAUUGAGUUUUAAUGUGCUUGGUGGAUCUUGUGUGAAAGAAGUGGGCAUUGCAAAUAGGGGUAUAAAAAGCCUAAGUGCUCCAAAGACCAGUCAUUGGAGACUUUGUCAGAGGGAAAAUGGUCUCAUCAGUUACUGGAAGUUGCAGCUGGAAAAAUUUAGGAUUCUUGCUCUUGGAGAAAGGCAGGCUAUUCAACUCCACUGGAGAGCCUCAGUGGUGCCGUUUUGGGAAGAUGCAGAUAUUAAUAACCAUGAGACUGUCUUGGUAACAGACAAGGCUCCCAAGAAUAUAUUCUGUCUGACUUGGCAGAAACCUUAUGUGGUUGAUGCUGGACUGCAGAACCUGGAGAACACCUGCUACAUGAAUGCCACACUGCAGUGUCUGACAUACACAGCUCCUCGUGCCAACUAUAUGCUGUCCCAAGAGCACUCUCAGACCUUUUGUCCACCAAGAACAUGUAUGAUUUGUACUUUGCAAGCUCACAUGAUAAGACCUCUCCAGCACUCUGGGAAGCCGAUCCAGCCUUUGAUGGCCCUGGUGACUGGUUUCCAUAAAUAUAAGCAGGAAGAUACCCAAGAAUUUCUGAUGUUCAUUUUGAGUGAAAAGCAGAAAUCAUUCCUGCCUGGGCACAAGUAUUUGGAACCUCAGGCUGAGAACACAACCCUAAUCUGUCAGCUAUUUGGAGGCUACUGGAGGUCUCAGAUCAAUUGCCUCCUGUGCCAUGGCAUUUCCAAUACCAUUGACCCCUAUCUGGAUAUAAGCCUGGAUAUCAGGGCAGCUCAGAGUGUCCAGGAAACUUUAGAAUAUUUAGUAAAGCCUGAAAAUCUGGAUGGGGAAGAGGCAUGUGAUUGUGCUACUUGUCUAAGUAGAGUGCCUGCUAAGAAGACAUUGACUUUGAAAACUGCUUCUUGUAAACUUGUUUAA